GAGCGUGCUGAGCGCAGCGUUUGUCGCCGGCCCCGCCAUCGCCGUCGCCAUGGAGCGCCUCACCGUGUCCCCUCAGCCCGCGGCGGCCGUCGACGAGUACCUGGAGUACCGCAGAAUUGUUGGUGAGGACGAUGAAGGGAAACUUUUAACCCCAGAAGAAUAUGAAGACUACAAGAAAAAAACUUUACCCAUGCGAUUAAAGAACAGGUUAUAUGUGAGCUGGAGAUCUCCAACUGGCAUGGAUUGUAAACUUGUGGGCCCAGAGACGCUCUGCUUUUGCUCACAUAGGUACAAACAACAUAAAACAGACUUUCAAGUUAUCCCCAAAGAUCGUCCUAUAUGUGUACCUUGUAGGGUGAAUCGUUGUCUGUGCAAUUCCUAUAAUUACGUUCCUCUAAAUGGAACUCAACCAAUUCGCUGUAGAUGUAAACACUUCGCCGAACAACAUAGUCCAGCGCCAGGGUUUUCUUGCAAUGUGUGUUCCAGAUGUUCCGGAUUUCAUAGUUCGUUCACUUGUGGUUGUGGCCAGCCCACAUAUGCUCAUGAUACAGUAGUGGAAACUAAAGAGGAGAGACUGGCCCAAGGAAAACCAGUGGGGCAGGAUGUUCCCUACGCCGCAAUGGGAGGAUUAACUGGUUUUAGUUCUCUAGCAGAAGGCUACAUGAGAUUAGACGACAGUGGAAUAGGUGCACCUUCACUUGAAUGUCUGGAAUCUCCUGAAACUGCCAUGGAUCACCCAUUUAUUAAAGCAUUUCAAAGACCAUCCUGUUCUCAGUCUAGAUCAACAGAUGAUUCUGCAGGCACAAGCAGUCAGAUUUCCUGCUUAAAGAGAGUUGGAGAGGAUGACAUGGCUUUCUUUGAAAGGCGGUACCAGGAACGGCUAAAAAUGGAAAAAGCUGAUAAACAGAAAGGAAAAGCUUCACUGCCACCAACAACCAAACAUCCAUGAAGAUAACUGGGUGAAAAAAAGUUACUACAAUCUUUAAAAAGAAAAAAAAAAUGAAGAAAGAAGUGGGGAAUGGCAAUUGUGUAUCCACCUUUACUCCGCGUAUAUGUGUAUGUCUGUUUUUCCUCACGCUAAUUUAAUAUUUUACUAUAAUAAAAUAUAUCUUCAAAAUUGUAUUAAAGCAGAAAUUGA